AAUUAUUACAAGGGAAAUGAUGAAGGCCAACGUGCAUUUAAGUCCAGCGUGAGGGAGAAAACCAUCAGUUUGCUCAGAGCCAUGAGCCAGCAGACCACAGCCACCACGGAGCUGCCUGGGCUGCCAGGGGACAAGGCAGCAGCAUUUGCAGUGGCAGACAUCGUCGUGGUGGUUCUGUACUUUGCCUUUAUCCUCGCUGUUGGGAUAUGGUCAUCGGUACGAGCGAGCCGGGGCACUGUUGGAGGAUAUUUUCUGGCUGGACGAUCCAUGUCUUGGUGGCCUAUUGGAGCCUCCCUGAUGUCGACCGACGUGGGCAGCGGUUCAUUCAUCGGCCUGGCGGGCACGGCAGCAGCUGGGGGCAUUGCUGUUGGGGGCUUUGAGUGGAAUGCCAUCUGGCCACUGCUGGCUCUCGGCUGGAUCUUCGUGCCAGUUUACAUCGCAGCAGGAGUUGUCACCCUGCCUGAGUACCUGAAGAAGAGGUUUGGAGGGCAGAGACUGCAAAUCUACACGUCCGUGCUGUCCCUGAUUCUCUAUAUAUUCACCAGGAUAUCUACAGACAUUUUUGCUGGAGCAUUGUUCAUCCAAACUGCUUUGGGCUGGAACCUCUACUUGUCCACUGUGGUCCUGCUAGCAGUGACUGCUGUCUACACCAUAGCUGGGGGUUUGACUGCUGUGAUUUACACAGACGUGCUGCAGACCCUGAUCAUGGUGCUAGGAGCUUUGGUCCUCAUGUUCAUAGGAUUUGAAAAGGUUGGCUGGUAUGAAGGACUUAAGGAGAAAUACAGCGCAGCAAUACCAAAGAUCACGGUCCCAAACACAGACUGUCACCUCCCACGUGCAGAUGCCUUUCAUUUGUUCAGGGAUCCCAUCACAGGAGACCUUCCCUGGCCUGGCCUUGUAUUUGGUCUCACUGUGGUGGCUCUUUGGUGCUGGUGCACUGACCAGGUGAUGGUCCAGAGGUCCCUCUCUGCCAAGAACCUCUCCCAUGCCAAAGGUGGAUCAGUGCUGGCAGGAUAUCUGAAACUCUUCCCUGUGUUUUUCCUUGUCAUGCCAGGAAUGAUCAGCAGAGCUCUUUUCCCAGAUGAAGUGGCCUGCGUGGACCCAGAGGUCUGCAAAAGGAUCUGUGGAGCUGCUGUGGGUUGUUCCAACAUUGCCUAUCCCAAACUGGUCAUUGAACUCAUGCCUGACGGGCUCCGGGGUUUGAUGAUUGCAGUGAUGAUGGCAGCUCUGAUGAGUUCCCUCACCUCCGUUUUCAACAGCAGCAGCACCCUCUUCGUGGUGGACAUCUGGCAGCGUGUCCGCAGGCAGGCCUCCGAGCAGGAGCUGAUGAUUGUGGGCAGAGUCUUCACCCUCAUCCUUGUGGUCAUCAGCAUUCUCUGGAUCCCAAUGGUUCAGUCAGCCAACAGUGGAAAGCUCUUUGACUAUAUUCAGUCCAUAGGCAGCUAUCUGAGCCCACCAAUUGCAGCCCUCUUCAUCUUGGCAAUCUUCUGCAAGAGGGUUAAUGAGCCUGGUGCUUUCUGGGGCCUCAUGGCUGGCUUUGUUGUUGGUCUGGUUCGGAUGAUCAUGGAGUUUAGUUAUAGUGCCCCGUCCUGUGGGGAGGAGGACAAGAGACCAGCUGUGCUAAAGGAUGUGCACUACCUCUACUUUGCCCUCAUCCUCUUUGCCCUCACUGCCAUUGUCAUCAUCCUCAUCAGCCUCUGCACCCCAGUGAUACCUGAAGAAAAGCUGGACGGCCUCAUGUGGUGGACCAGGCACAAAAAAGCACCUGCCAUAAACCUGGAAAACAGUGAAGCAGCACAGCCCGACCCCGAACAGAGUGAGAAGGACCUGGUGGAAACUGCAGCUUCAGAUGACAAGGAGGAGGCAGCAGCCAAACGUCCCUGGUGGAAAACGGUGUACAUGUGGUUCUGUGGUCUGCCCACGGGCCCCACGCCCACCCUGUCCCAGGAGGAGAGAGCUGCCCUGGAGCACAGGCUCACCAGCAUUGAGGAGGAGCCCCGGUGGAGGAUUGUGUGUGAUAUUAGUGCCAUUCUCCUGAUGGCCACCAACAUCUUCCUGUGGGCAUAUUUUGGCUGA